ACAUUGCAAGUAGCACACGCCCAAACAAAAACAUGAAAGCAUUUCUCUUUUGAUACUCGACCUAAGUUGUGGUGGAGAGAGAUCACAGCCAGCUCUUUCUUCACACACUCCCUUGCCGCUUCCAAAAAAGGCAACACAGCCAUUUUCAAAUUAUUUAAUUAACCCCAUUCAUCUUUCUUUUACAUAUCCCUCAUCAGCUUUCUGGAUUUUCAUAUAUGCACCAGUAUAUCUGAAUUCUGCUCAUCAUCCUAUACAGUACCAGCUAGCUAUACACUUUUAUAUAAGUGUUUUCGUUUUUAUUACUAUUUAUAAAUCCAAUACAAGGUUGAAAUUCUAGGAUUAAUAUUCAUGUUGGCGGUGUCACCUUUGAGGAGCACAAGAGAUGAAGGAGGGCAAGGAGAGAUAUUGGAGAGUGUCUCAAUUGGAACCGAUGAUUUUGCUGACCUUUCAGAAGGGAACUUGCUUGAAAGCAUCAACUUCGAUGAUUUCUUCAUGGGAAUCAAUGAUGAUGGAGAUGUCUUGCCGGAUCUGGAGAUGGACCCUGAGAUGCUUGCUGAGUUCUCCCUCAGUACCGAGGAUUCCGAGAUAGCCUCAUCGUCAGUUUCAGUGGCAAAUAACAACAAUGAUGGGAAUAAUAUAGUUACUACUACUGAAAAACAAGAUGAUGAGGUUAUUAUUAUAGCAUCCAAUUCUUCUUCAGAUUCGGGUUCGAGUCAAGGGGAGGAGAUAGUAAGCAAGAGUGAUGAAUCAGAGGUGGUGGUGAAUCCAUCCCCUAAGGAAAGUGAGAAAGGAAGAAAAUCAUCAAAUCAUGCAUCAAGGAAUAAUAAUCAAGGGAAGAGAAAGGUUAAGGUGGAUUGGACCCCAGAAUUGCACAGGCGAUUCGUGCAAGCAGUGGAGCAGCUUGGAGUGGAUAAGGCUGUGCCUUCUAGGAUUUUGGAGAUUAUGGGAAUUGACUGCCUCACCCGCCAUAACAUUGCAAGCCACCUUCAAAAAUAUAGAUCGCACAGGAAGCAUUUGCUAGCGCGUGAAGCUGAAGCAGCAAGGUGGAGUCAAAGGAAGCAAUUGUUGGGUGCAGCAGGUGCAGGUAGAGGAGGAGGAAGCAAGAGAGAAGUAAACCCUUGGCUUGCACCAACCAUGGGUUUCCCUCCCAUGACACCAAUGCACCACUUUAGACCUUUACAUGUAUGGGGGCAUCACAACAUGGACCAGUCUUUCAUGCACAUGUGGCCUAAACAUCCACCAUACUCGCCAUCGCCGCCUGCAUGGCCACCACGAACCGCUCCGUCUCCGCCGUCUCCAGACCCUCUAUAUUGGCACCAACAUCAACUGGCUCCAAACGCGCCAACCACAGGAACACCGUGUUUUCCACAACCUCUGACAACCACGAGAUUUGGGUCUCAAACAGUUCCGGGAAUCCCACCACGCCAUGCAAUGUACCAAAUUGUAGAUCCAGGCAUUGGCAUCCCGGCCAGCCAACCGCCACCUCGACCCCUUGUCGACUUUCAUCCGUCAAAGGAGAGCAUAGACGCAGCUAUUAGUGAUGUUUUAUCAAAACCAUGGCUGCCACUACCUCUUGGCCUUAAAGCUCCAGCACUUGAUGGUGUAAUGGGUGAAUUACAAAGACAAGGGAUUCCCAAAAUCCCUCCCUCUUGUGCUUGAGUGCCAAUUCUAAGAGAGAGGUGAUUUUCCUCUUACGCGAGGUGUGAUGGCCAUAAAACCCUAAUUCGACGACUUCUCAUCUCUCUUCCCUUGCAUGUUAGAAUAUUAUGCGCAUGCUUGCUUCCUAUUUCACAUCUAGCAAAAAUUAAAAGGGGAGAGAAGACUAUAUAUAUAACUUUUGGAACUUUCUUUGUUCAUGUGCUAUGUCCAGCCAAGUAGUUUAGCCCUUUUGUGAAAUAUAUGUGAGAUUAUAAAGGCUGUGAUUUUUGUAUUAGUCUUAGAAGAUCAUAUGAGACUAAUAUAUGAUGAGGAAUAUAUAAUUGAGUUAUGUAAGUGUAAGAUUUCCUUCUUUGGUAGACACUUUAGUAAAUGGCUUACUUUCAGCUUUCAUA